UGCCCUCUAGCGGUUGCUUAAGGUUAAGGGGUAUAUUUGUUCACGUCACUUUCUCUUCUGACUUUCUGCCGAACUAAGAAACAGAAUUGGAUCAAAUUCAGUCCAAAGUUGUAGUAAAAUAAAAUCUCCAAAGUGUCUUCUACGUACAGAACCGCGUUUUGGAGUGUGCUGUAGACAGCAGUAGAGUGUGGAGUAAAAGGGGCAAGCAGGUAAACGUGAACUUUUGACUAAAGAUGAGGUCGCUCAAACAUCUAAAACCUCAAACCAAGAGAAAUUUGGAGGAGAAGACUCAGCAGCUGGUUCGAUGUUAUGCUGAAGCCAUGCACCAGCAGAUGGAUGUGGGGACACAGACAGACCCAGUGGUGGUCUUGUCUCUGGCCCAGGCUGCUGUGUUGGGACUUAUAUCCCAGAAUGAGGUCUUUGGUGCUACCAUUGCACCCAACGGUUUUUAUACCGGAGAGCCCAAAGAAUCUCCUGCUCCGUCCAUCGAGCGGAUGGACUACGAGUAUGCUGACCAGCUCAUUGGCGCCAAUGGUGACUACCUUGGUGUGAACCUUGGAGAGGACGGUCAGGGUCACCCGAGCUGUGCUGAAAGGAGGUGGCAGGGGACACCUGAAAACACAAAGCCUCUUGUAGGGCACCAGAAUCCAGGUUCCCAUGUCAAAGGUGAGUCUGUGACCCCGGGACUGCCUUCCUGCAACCACAUGAUGAGCAUGAUGCCUAGAGAGAGCAUGCAGAUGGUAGACAACUCUGGUUACCGCCUAGCCUCCAAACCUCAUGGCAGUAACUGCUGCUCGACCUGUGUCCGGGAACCCAAGGGCACACAUCAUCCACCUAACCACCAUGUUCAUCCCCACUCCAACAGUCACACACCUAAUGAGGUUCAUUCUCAUGACCGAAACCAUACACUGGAGAAAAGAGGAAAUGAGGAUGUCCAAGAGGACGGGAAUGACGGAAGGAUGGGGAAGGCUGGCAGUGGAGGGGAGGAGAUUGGUAGCUACUUCCGUGCUAAUGAGGUUGGCUAUGAAGGUGGGGAUAUGGAUGGAGUAGGGGAGUUUGAUGAAAGCAACCAAGGCCUAUUCUGGGGGGAGCCUGUAGAAGGGGAGGCACCGCGGGGGCGCCGCAUUGACCGAUUGGACAUCAACAUUCAGAUCAACGAAUCAUAUUGUGUGGAUGUUGGCGAGGGCUUGAAGCGCUGGAAGUGCCGCAUGUGUGAAAAGUCAUACACUUCCAAAUAUAACCUGGUAACACACAUUUUGGGUCACAAUGGCAUUAAACCUCAUGCCUGCCCACAUUGUGGAAAGCUCUUCAAGCAGCCAAGCCACCUGCAGACACACCUCCUGACGCACCAAGGCACACGGCCACACAAGUGCACUGUCUGCAAAAAAGGCUUUACUCAGACCAGCCACCUAAAACGCCACAUGUUACAACACUCUGAUGUCAAGCCCUUCAGCUGCCGCUUUUGCCGACGAGGCUUUGCCUACCCCAGUGAGCUGCGAGCCCAUGAGGUGAAGCAUGAGCGAGGCCGCUGCCACAUCUGCUCACAGUGCUCCAUGGAGUUUCCCACCUAUGCCCACCUCAAGCGCCAUCAGGUCAGCCACCAAGGGCAGGCCAGCUUUCAGUGUAGCCACUGCAGUAAGACAUUUGCCUACCGUAGUCAGUUGCAGAACCAUAUGCUGAAGCAUCAGGCCCAACGCUCUUUUUCCUGCAGCCAGUGCGGCCUGCAGUUCCUGCAGCUACACCAGCUACGCCAGCACUCCCUCACACACAAAGUGCUUAAGCCUCAGGCACGUGCCUCUAAGGGAACAAAAGGCUUCAAGUGUGAUGUAUGUGCUCGUGAGUUCACGUUGUCUGCAAACCUGAGGAGGCACAUGCUGAUCCAUGCCAGUGUCAGGCCCUUUCAGUGUCACGUCUGCUUUAAAUCCUUCGUCCAGAAGCAGACUCUGAAAACUCACAUGAUCGUCCACCUUCCUGUGAAACCCUUUAAGUGCAAGGUGUGUGGAAAAUCAUUUAACCGCAUGUAUAAUCUUCUGGGUCACAUGCAUCUUCAUGCUGGCAGCAAGCCAUUUAAGUGUGCAUACUGCUCCAGCCGAUUCAACCUGAAGGGUAACCUCAGUCGACAUAUGAAGGUCAAACAUGGAAUGGACGUAUCCCCAGAGGGACAUGAUGCUCCUCCAGAUCUGGAACCUCAUGAGGAUUAUGAAGAGGAUAACUUUAAUUUCGCCGCCCCUGAAAAUAUGGAUGCCAACGAUGCGCCUAAUCUCACCAAGCUCUCUGAGGUUGCUAUACAGGAGCUGGACUAUUAUAACUUUGGAAAGGAUGUGGGCAGCUACAACACAGCAUGAGCCAUGUGAAUAAGACUAAAGCUGAAAUAUUGUUGAGAAUCCAUUGAACUAAUUGGGCACUUAUCAGCCAUAAGCUGGUUGUUCUGUAUUUCCACGAGAACCACGACUUCUCCAUUGUUACUGAUGGACAGGUGGCCAUCGUGGUUUCACUCAUGUUGUAACUAUUCUGAUCCUGUUUCAUUAGAACCACUGAAUUUGCUAAGAGUUUUUUGAACAAUUGUAAGUUUACUCUGUGCAGCGGUGUGGCAUUGCGGCAGUAUGUUAUUGAUUAAAGGUCCACUCGGCAAGGUUCACGACCAAAAACGAACAAUAUACGUAUGUAAGAAGUGAUUACUUACUGUCUUUAUGCUGCUUACAUAAUGUACUCUCACAUGAGAUGAAGGAACAAAUGGCAUUGUUUACUGUAAGAUGAUGUGGGUACCAUUGCCACCUCGGAUCUAAAGGAUCCCUGAUUUGAUCCUGAGCUCGGGUUGCUGUCUGAGAUUUUCUACAUGUUCUCCUGCAUGACUCUAGGUGGUUCAGCUCUAGGUGUGCGUGUGCAGGUUGGCUAUGAUGGACUAAGUAUGGGUAGAUGCCAUCAUGGAAAUUUUGCACUCUUAUUGAGUAUAGCAGUCUCUUUAGAUGCCAUGUGAUCCUCAUAUAAUCCAGAUCUGCACUUUGGGGAUGUCAAACUGCAGGUUAUGAGUUCAUAAAUUCAAACCGUACAAAGCAGUUUAAUUAUUCAUCUCAUGCAAGCGUACAUAAUGUAUGCAAACAAAAAUAAAGAUCAUAAAUAAACACUGCUAUAUACAGACCAGUUACAAAUUCAAAGAAAAUACACUGUAAACUGUAUUAAAGUUUUAUGCCGCUGAGCCACCAGAACAGUUUCGGUGUGCUUUGGCCUAAAAGUCUUUGGACUGCACUGUUCUGGAGAGAUGAACAUCAUUCUUUUAAAAUGUUUUGAUGAUGCUAGUGGAGAACCCUGUCCAUCAGGUUGCAUCAAAAUCUCUUGUUGGAUGGUGACUACAUUGGUCAUAGCAUGACUUAGAUUAUCUUCAUCCUCAUCAAAUCAUUUAGUGAGCUUUUGUACCCUACGAAUGGGGCGGAUCCAUCCUGGAAGAGACCAUGCCCAUUGGGAUAGUAUUUUUUCAUGAUAAGAAAAAGAUAAGAACUUUCAGUGACUUCACUUUUAAAGGGGACAAAUGGACUCCUUUCAUGUCAACAAAAAUAAAUGCCCACUCCCUCUUACAGACGCUGUUUUUUUUUUUUUCCUUUUAACUUGUGACCCACUUGUGUAUUGUCUCUUUUGAUCGCUGACUGGACCUUUAAAAACUAAUAUCAUUAAGUUUCUUUGCCUCUACCUACUGUUGUCUAUAAAUGAGGGAAUGUAAAAGAGUGCCUGUUUAUAUUUGUGCUCAGUAGAACAGUGUACUAGCGAGUGUACAUACCGAAGAGUGUGUGUUUGGGCCCCAGUACCAAAGUCACUGCAUGACCAUCCAACUUUAGGCACCAUUACAAUUUCCAGAAAUCAAUACCAUAUCCAAACAACGUUAUUUGUAGAGAAUAAUUGUUCCCAUAUGUUAGUUUGAUAUUUAUUUUGCACCUUUUGAUUAAAACUGCAUUUAAUAUCUUUUGAGAAAAAAACCUGGUUUAUCACUGACCGUUAAAGCUCUUGUCUAAACUUUAUCUCCUAGGAGAUAGAUAGGGCAACGUUGCCAGUUGUGUUAGUUUCUUUAAAUAAAACAUUUUUAAAGUGAA